UUCAUAUCACUAUUGGACUACAUCAGACAAUGAUCACAGAUUUAUAUAUUUAGCCUACAUUUUAUUCUUGAAAUAAAUACAGCUUUGAUUAUAGGUCUACUCACUUUGUACUGUCAAUCAAUUUCAACAUUGUGCCCUAAUUUAAAACCCUAAAAAGGUGAAGAAAAAAACCCCAUCAAGAUCUAAAGCGUCACCAGGUAAUUAGCGCAAAAGUGAUUAUGUCUGCUCUUAUUAUUCAAAUCCCACAUUGUAACACCCUCCCUGUCUUACGCUCAUGGAUUUAUCCCUUAUAAGGAAUCUUAGAGGCAUAUAUAACCACUCCUGAUGCAUCUUUGCAAAUAAAGAGCAGGUAAAGAGCAGUCACUCAGCUGUACCACAUCCUUUAUCCCUCUGGAUCACUAGUGGGAAAAGAUGAACGGCACUGAGGGAAACAACUUCUACAUCCCCAUGUCCAACAGGACGGGGCUAGUGAGGAGUCCUUUCGAGUAUCCGCAGUAUUAUCUAGCUGAGCCGUGGCAGUUUAAAAUCCUUGCUGUAUACAUGUUCUUCCUCAUCAGCUUUGGUCUACCCAUCAAUGGCCUUACAUUGGUGGUUACAGCUCAACACAAAAAGCUUAGACAACCUCUCAACUUCAUCUUGGUCAACCUGGCUGUGGCUGGUACCAUCAUGUGUUGUUUCGGAUUCACGUUCACUUUCUACACAGCAAUUAAUGGCUACUUUAUUCUGGGUCCAACUAACUGUGCGAUUGAGGGCUUCAUGGCCACACUUGGAGGUGAAGUUGCUCUUUGGUCACUUGUGGUGCUGGCCAUCGAGAGAUACGUUGUGGUUUGUAAGCCAAUGGGUAGUUUUAAAUUCUCCUCCACCCACGCGAUGGCAGGAAUCGCAUUUACAUGGGUAAUGGCCAUGUCAUGUGCUGCUCCCCCUCUGGUUGGCUGGUCCAGAUAUAUUCCUGAGGGAAUGCAGUGUUCAUGUGGACCAGACUAUUACACCCUGAAUCCUGAAUACAACAAUGAAUCAUAUGUCAUCUACAUGUUCACCGUCCAUUUUAUACUUCCGGUCACCGUAAUCUUCUUCACCUAUGGGCGGCUUGUUUGCACCGUCAAGGCGGCUGCAGCUCAACAGCAGGACUCAGCAUCUACCCAGAAGGCUGAGAGGGAAGUGACAAAAAUGGUCAUCCUGAUGGUUUUGGGUUUCCUGGUGGCCUGGACCCCUUAUGCCACUGUUGCUGCCUGGAUCUUCUUUAAUAAGGGAGCUGCUUUCACUGCCCAGUUCAUGGCUAUUCCUGCCUUUUUCUCAAAGAGCUCAGCCUUAUAUAACCCAAUCAUCUAUGUGCUGCUAAACAAACAGUUCCGGAGCUGCAUGCUGACCACUCUUUUCUGUGGAAAGAAUCCUCUUGGCGAUGAGGAGUCCUCAACUGUGUCCACCAGCAAGACGGAGGUGUCCUCUGUAUCUCCAGCAUAGACUUUUCAAUCUUUCACAGAUUUUGUUCUUUUAGUCAUUGAUCAAUUUGGGCAUCUGAAAAAAAAGACAAAAAAAAGACAGUUGAAUUAGUUUUUGGUUGCGUUCACUAUCACCGUUAACUGAACUCAGGGCUCAGGAUUAACUGGGUGAUCAGUGAACAUUGAAAUAGGGUUUUAUUUUUAUGUGCCGGGAGGCUAGCAUUUAUAUCUUUUGCCUAAAAUGUAUAUAUAUUUUGUAAAUAAUGAAAAAGGAUUACAUAGAAAUAAAUACUGGCAUUAAAUACUGUCUCUGUUUCCGUUUUUAAUGAAUAUUAUGUUUGCUCCUACAUACUGUAAGAUAUAGAAAGUUACAUUUUUAUUGUACUCCAAGCAAUAGUUUGGUGCACACCAUAUUUUUAAACCAAGAGGUAGACUAUACAUGUAGUACUAGAAUACUGUUCAGUCUUUAGUAUAAAGUAAACAAUUGUACACAAAACUACGGAAUACACAAACAAUGUAGGCCUACACAUUUACAGUCCAUAAAACAUGUUGUGUUUUGUAUGGCAGACCCAUUAUAGAAUUAUUAGAAAACACUAGUAAAUAUGUCAAUUGAGCUAUUGUAUAGUUAGAAUUGUUGUAGAUUGUGAAUUGAAGCAGAGAGGUCUAUUUUAAUGAGAGAUCAGCAGGGUGACCAGUUUCUUGUACUAUUCUGUUCUUGCCAAAAUGUCCUUAUGUGGCUCCACGGUGCUAACACUGAACACACAAUGCUAUUGGCCAGGCUCAGACAUUAACAGUUCCAGGAAUGUUUUCUCAAAGCUAAACAAGGUCAGCAACACCUUGGCAAGAGGUCCAUUAUAGAAAUAAUGUCAAAAAUUACCUUUUUGGAAUCCACAAAAAGUAGUAUAUGAAUAAUAUAUUUGUGAAAAAUAUAGAACAGUCCCUAUAAAUAGUAGAGAGUAGAUUAUUUGUUCAGUUAAGUAUACUCAUGAGAAUGUUGUCAUAUAAAGUAUAUAAUUUUGAUACUCCACAUUAAUUAUUGGAAAAGAAAUGAUCACAAUCAGGCAGUUUGAAAGUUUUAACCAUGAUUGCACAAUUUCCUGCUCCAACCUAAGCAUUCACACUAUGGAAACAUACAGUAAACCUUCAAGUGGGUUAAUCAAGCUAUUAGAACUUUUAAUAUUAAAUUAAACAAGCCUACAUUUACUUUUCUUUGACACGUCUCAUUUUAUUUCUUGUCUUCAUAGGGAAUUUUAAGUAAUCUUCAUACAUUUUCAGUGCUGUCUGUUCUCCUAUACUUAACCAAAAAAAUAUAUCAGCAAUUGCUAGAGUAAGUCACUAAUCCUGAUUCUGAGGGACGGAAGGCUAUAACAUUCAAGAGAGAAUUAACAGCACAUGUUGUUUAAAAAAUAGCUUAAUGGGGUGGCAACUAUGCCAGUCAGAUUACAUUUACAGUUGCAGCAUUGUUUGUUCAGCACUGAACAAAUAAUUACAAUAUCUAUCAGUUAACUGUAUAAUGACAAUUACUGGUCUCAAAAGCAAGGCAAAACAAUUCACUUUCACAAUUACAUCAUGUUUAUUCUGGGUGCCAUUUUUACUUGCCACUUUUAGUGCAGUUCAUGGAAAUUGCUGCCUAUUCAACCCUAUAAGUGCUAAUCAACAGACACUGGAUCAAAUGCUUUAAAGUCAUGUAACGCUUACUAAGUCCAAUGUUUUUAUACAAUCAUUUCUUUCUCAAAACUCUCUGCUUUAUUGUAGUAUUCUAAUCCAAGUCAGACUGAAUGCUGAUCUUUACCUAGUCUGGCUUUAACAGGAUUGUCAGAAUUUUCACUUAUUUCUAUGCAUUACAUUUUUUGAUAAUGUUGAUAAUGCACUUUUUUCUAUUAACUGUUUCCAUCUCUCCAGAACUUGUCCUUAUCGCACCCUGCAGUCAUGACGUGUAAGUGUCCAGCCAUUUCACUCACCUAGAUCUGACACAACUAACCCAAACAGGAUUACGAGAUCAGGCUCUGGUAGUAGGAACGGCAUUGACUUCCCAGUGGGCACAACUCAACAAGAUAAAGAUAAGACAAAGAUCUGCUUAAGCCAAUUUGCAAGGUGCUCACCCAACUGUGUACUGAACACUAACCUAGCAGCUCUGGCUAAAGGAAUUAUGGUUUUAAACUAAUUGGUUUCUCCCUCAUGGUCAAAGAAGCAUGCAGUCCAUUUACAUGCAGUCCUGCUGAAGCUAUUUUCUGUAUAUAUCUUAUAAUUGUACAUAAUAAAAUAUGCUAGAUAAACAAUUACAUGAAAAGACGCUUGCAUACUUCGCAUUUAUAACAUGACAUUCAUAUAUCUAAUUCCAUUUCAUUUCACACCAAAGCAACACUUUUGGAGCUGCAUUAAGAUCUCCACAUCUCUGGGAUUGAACCAAAUAGGGCCUUUAAAAUGAAGAUACCAAAAGAAAAGAAUCUAAAAGGAUAUUAAGAUAUCUUUAAUACUUCUUGAGAUACAGGCAUGCAAACCUGGGGCAAAAAAUACAAGAAGUGUUUUUUUUUUAACUGUCACCAUUGGCAUAUAAUGCAACAAAGAUGGCUAAAGUAAACAGAUUUAACUAAUCUGUGUGUAAAAAAUAAAAUAACGAUGCUGCCAUCUUUCUAAAUUCAUUUUUACCCCCUGUAAUUUAGCUCCAAAUCUCAGGUUAAAAUUGUCAUUUUGAUCCCCCUCUACAAAACAGUGGAUUACUUGGCAAAUAUACAUCCAUGACAUUUAAUAUUUUGGCUUUCUUCUUCAUUUAUGUAUUUCUUUCACCAGAAAAAAAAAAUCUAAAUCAAAACUUUUAGCUGGGGACAUCUGGUAUUGACCCUGGUCUAAAAAUCAAAAAAGCUCAAAUGUUUUCCCCAUUGUGCCUCAAAAUUAAAGGAUUAGUUCACUUUCAAAUGAAAAUUACCCCAAGCUUUACUCACCCUCAAGCCAUCAUAGGUGUAUAUGACUUUCUUCUUUCUGAUGAACACAAUCAGAGAUAUUUUAAUAAAUAUCCUGACGCAUCCAAGCUUUAUAAUGGCAUUGAAAAGGGGUCAGGAGUAUAAGCUACAUCCACAUCAAUCCAUCAUAAAAAACUGGUGUGCAUCUUGAGACAAAACAAUGGCUCUGCCAUAUUUUAAGAUAUAUCAGUGCAAGUUUCUUUCAGUUAAAACUGCUCAAACAUACAUUUUAGUCAAGGACUAGCUUAAGUCUCGUCUGUGUACGGAGCCCCUAAAAGGUUGUGGUGGCGGAAAAAAAUUGGGAUGGGAGGAAAUCUUUUGCGUUCCCUCACAAAAUGUUUGCGUUCCCCCGAGAAACUCUGAAACUUUGCAUUCCCUCGCAAAGAUAACCUUUAUCUGUUUGCGUGGGAACACAAAAGUUUAUCGCAAAAUAUUAUCGUUCCCUUGCUGAGAGCAGACAAACACUUCCUUUUUAAUGGAGAAUAUUGACGUCAAUUUGAUGUUUUUUUUUUCAACAUCAAUUGGACAUAGGUGUGUGGAAGUCAAAUUUGACGUCAAUUAGAUGGGGCUUUUUUCAACGUCAAUUGGACAUCACUGUGUGGAUGUCAAAUUUACGUGAAUUUGAUGUUUUCUUUUUUGACAUCAAUUGGACAUCAGUGUGUGGACGUCAAAUUGAUGUCAAAAAAUUGACAUCAAUUUGAUGGGAUUUUUUUGACAUCAAUUGGA